UAUGGAUUCGUCUGGCUCCCAGGAGAAGAAACCCGUUCCUCGCUUCGCUAGCUUCAAGCUUCCUCCGCCCGAAGCUGAUCAUCCACCCGAGCGCCCGCGUCGCGACACCAUCAGCCGCGAGGACAAGUCCAGGUCUCAUUCAGAGCGCCACACAAGACAUCGAUCUCAUCGUCGCGAUCGAUCGAGGUCCCGGGAGAGUCGUCGAAAACACAAAGACAAAGAACAUCACGCACGCUUUGACAAAGCCGAUCGCUAUGAUCGGCCCACUCCCGAGACCCCUCAUACUUCGAUAUUGGACCGUCACACCACAGGGAAGGACGACAGGUCGGAACUCUACGUCAUUGAUCGCAAAGGCGACAAGUACAACUUGAUCUAUGGUACACUUCAUCGCUACAGUGUUCCUGAUUAUUACCGAGUGGGGCGAGGCAAUGUGUUGGGUUUGCCCUCGAGCUAUCGCAUAGACCGGGACAGCGUCGUGGAAGACAAGCUGGUCAUCAGAAAUGAGCUACAAAGGAAAGCUUUCUCGCGAACGAAAGCGAAAAGUAUUCUUUCGGCCCUCAACAAGCAACAACCCCGAUUGCUUCGAUUCAAGCCCCAGUCAUUGCUCGACGCGGCUGCGGACUUCUCCAAAGACUAUCUGCCCUUGAGUACUUCCGAAAGUCGAAAGCAUCUAGGAGCUUUCGGGGAGUUUGAUUACGACGAUGAGAAGUACGCAUAUCGCUCGAUUCAUGGUAAAGCAAAACCAGAAGAACAUUUGCCUAGUGACGUCGAGGCCACGUCUGACAGUGACAUUGAUGGAGAAUAUGGCAUUCGAGGAGAUCCCGAUGAGCAGAUCAAGCAGAGGAAUGCGCUGUUGUCGCAAGGUUUGGAGAAGGAUCCCGCAGAUAUCAAUCGCUGGCUUGAAUAUAUUGACCAUCAAGAAUCCUUGUUACGCGGAUCAGCUGGCGAGAUCAAACCCCUAACGUAUGCGGAAAAGCAGAGCUUAGCCGACAUCAAAUUGUCUCUGUAUGAGAAGGCCUUGAAAAAGGUCGGUCAGAGCGAUGCUAAGGAUCGCCUUCUACUGGGCUAUCUUGAAGAGGGCGCAAAGCUCUGGGAUACCAAGAAGCUGUCCACCCAGUGGCAGACGGUUCUACGGUCCAAUUCGCAGUAUAUCAGCCUUUGGGUGAAAUACCUUGACUUUCGUCAAACUGAGUUCCUCAAUUUCACGUACCAGCAAUGCUUCAAUACAUACGUGGAGUGUUUGAGGCUCAACAAGUCUGCGCCGGAAAGUCCGGGAAACUCCCAGAUCCAGAUGUAUCUCUUCCUCCGGUUGACACUUUUCAUGCGCGAAGCAGGAUAUGCUGAGCAUGCAACAGCGCUCUGGCAGGCGAUACUUGAAAUAGCCUUCUUUCGACCAGAUUCUCUGCAGGGAAUUCAAGAUGACAAAGAGCUCUUGUCAACAUUCCUCGACUUUUGGGAUUCCGAAAUCGCCCGAGUUGGUGAUGCGGGUGCAAAAGGAUGGAGUAGUGGCAGCAGAGAACUUCCCACUCAGCAGGAAUUCAAGCCUGUAUUUCAGCUCGAUUCAGAGGCAUUGCUCCCGUCCUGGGCACCAUGCGAAAGAGAAAGAAUCACCAAUGCCCGUUUGCCUGCUUUCAGUCUUAACAUUUCCGAGCAGGAUGAUCCUUACCGAGUGAUCCUAGCCUCCGACCUCGACGAAAUCCUGUCUCUUGUUUGGCACGUGGACUCGCCGACAUUGCUGCUCGAUGGCCUUAUCUCCUUCUGUCGCCUUCCGCCCAUAGUAACAGAGGAGAAUCAAGAGACAAAUGGCCGUACGGCCGGGGAUCCAUUCGUUCGGAACGAAGUCAUGAGCACCGCAUUUUCUAUGAUUAAUGACUGGAUUUCGCGCGCCCCUGCAGCAAACGAAUCUGCAGCUCUGUCUCCUUUUCAAUUUCCUCAGCAGAAUUUCAUCAGCACAAUUGAGACUCUCAUGUCCGAAAAAGAGAGUUGGUUCUCGUCUUUAUGCACAUGGAACACAGCCAUCUCGAACUCAGAUUUUGAUGUUGUUCCUCUCUGGACACGACGAGCUUUGAGAAUGCUGGUGGAUGCCGCUCCCAGCAAUGAUGACUUGGCCGAGUUUACGCUCUGCGUAGAGUUCGCAUGCAGUAGCAAAGAUGCGAAGAAGUUUGCGAAGUCUUUACUCAAGAAGAGAUCAUCUAAUCUACGCUUGUACAACGCGUACGCCCUUAUGGAGCGUCGGUCAGGCAAUCACGCCGCUGCUGACCAUGUGUGGGCAACAGCCCUGUCCAUGAGCAAAACGUUCUCUGAUUAUGACAGACUGGAUAGCAUUCUACUUUGGCAGACAUGGCUGUGGGAGCUUCUGGACACUCAAAAUAUGGCCCAUGCUGCCUACAUCCUGCUGAGCAUCCCGCAAGACAGCAUUGAUCUGAAUGCUCUACCGCAGGACUCGACCCUGCCAGCCUUCACACCCACCAGCCUUCUCAAGAUUCGGAGCCAUCUUUCCGACCUUCAAGAAAAAGUGCUCGCCCAUCGCAAGGCCACCAACUUCACAGCCAGCACAGUUAGCCUCGCCAUCCUCUCCUACCUCACCAACUCCCAAGACCUCCACAAAGCCUUCGAAGCGUACACCCACGCUCUUGACCGGCUCAGCUCCCUACCCGAGCAACACAGACCCUUCAAAACCUACACAGCCGAACUCCUCCACCAAUCCCGCGCCAGACUCUUGUACCACCACAUCCACACGCGCCGCACCUACAAGCCAACCCACAUCCGCGCCAUCCUCUCCGAAAGCAUUGCCCUCUUUCCCCACAACACCAUCUUCCUAUCACUCUUCGCCUGGACCGAAUCCCGCUUCCGCAUCGACGACCGCGUCCGCAGCGUCGUCCGCGAGAUCACCAGCAGCACCUCGGCUACCCGCACCACCACAACCACCAAGAAUCCAACCGACCCAUACAAUCUUUCCGCCCCUCCCAUUCCAAUCACAACCCAUCUCUUCUCCAUCUACACCGAACUCAGCCGUCCCAUCUUCGCCGGCUCAACCUCCCACUCCGUCCGCGCAGCUUUCGAAGGAGCCAUAGCCGACGACUCCACCACCGCGAGCCCCCACCAGACCUCCUCCUCCUCAUCCACCUCCACAAUCGCCUCUACAUCUUCAUCCUCAGCCCGCUCCAACCCCUCCACCUGGAAACUCUACAUUUUGUUCGAACUCUCGCUGCACGAGAUCCAGCGCGCCAAGGAGAUUUUUUACCGUGGAAUGCGGGCAUGUCCUUGGUCGAAGGAGCUGAUUAUGCUCGCGUUCACGCAUCUCCGCGCGGACGUUGUCCGGGAGAAUCACCCCGCUGAUGCGCGCAAGGGCGAAGGGAUGGGCUUCGACGAGCUGCGACAUGUAUACAAUGUGUUGGUGGAGAAGGAGUUGCGGAUCCAUGUCGAUAUUGAGCAGGAGCUGGAUGAUCUUGCGGCGAGGAUGGUGGAGAAGAGGGGGCUUGAGAUUGGGCGCGAGGUGAUUAGGAUGCCUGAUGAUGGCGAUGAUGAGGUUGACGAUGACGUGGAUAAUGGUAGUGAGGUUGGGAGAGGUUAGAAGGCCCAGCGAGAGGGUUGGCAUGUAGAUUAUGUAACACCAGAGUUCUUAUUUCAGGACUGUAUGUCUUCCAGGUAGACAGACCAGGG